GCAGGAUUAUGAGGAUUUUCAUGACUGGAGUUUAGUAACUUUGUCGAUAUUAAAUGCAAUUCUUCUGUUAAAAAUAAACUCUUUUCUUCAUGGAGUCACCCCUUCGUCCACAGGGUUCACUAAAUUCUACCAAUAUGAAGUGAGGUGAUUCCUGCUGUCAUGCCUCCUACCAUGGCUCAGAUCAGUGAUCCAAAGAUCGCCUUUGCCUACCUGCGCCCAGCAUGUGUCCUGCUUACCCAACAGCCCACUCUGACCAAUGUGGAGACUCUGAGCUCCCAGUUGAAAGAAGUCAACGAUGCCACACUGCAGCAGCUCCAAGACUACGUCCUCUUUCCUCUCCGCUUUGUUCUCAAAGUUCCCGGUCCAAAAAAAGACAAAUUAGUCCAGACUGUAGCUGAAGCCAUCAGCUAUGUCCUGGAGAACACUUGUGUGCAGAGCUGGGACACUCUCCAUGACCUCCUCUCAGAGCUCUGCCUCUGCCUCUGCUCCCCAGCCGACCCCGGUAAACCUGCAGACACAUCAGAGGAGCUACAGUCAGCUGUGCUGAGGUGCAUGAAUGCACUGCUUCAUGCUGCUUAUGGUGAUAUUGUUUUCAAACUCUUUGAACCCAUUAUGCUGCCUGGACUUGGAGCUGCUGUAUCUCUUCUGUUGGCUUUAGCAGAGAAAGCAAAAUCAAGAGAUAUCCAGGUAUCAGCGCUGAAGUGCCUCCAGUCUUUGACUCUGCAGUGUGACUGUGAUCAGGACCACAUAGUGCCAUCCUCAGAGGAGAGGUGCAUUAUAGGCAGCUUCAUGGCUUCAUUCCUACCAGGGAUCACUGUGGCUGUGGCAAGGAUCAUUACAGGAGAUCUGAGACAAGGCCAUGCAGUUUUAGUCAGGGCUAUCAAGGUUUGGUCCAGGACUGUGGGCCUGGUUAUGGAAGACGCCCAGCUUCAGACCGAUGAACAGCAUAAGACCCCGUCACCAGAACUAGGGAAAAUCGGACAGCUGGUGGUCCACCGGACUAAAGACUGGGUCAAGAACACAGCAAUGAGGCUGUGCAUGCUGCUGAAGAAGAUCAUCUCCUGCACUGCUGCUCACCAACACUGGAGAGUCAGGCUGGAGAUGGUGGAGCUGCAUGACCACCUGCUGGACAGGUGUAGUCUGUCCCUGAAACAGUGUGUGGGACCCCUGCUGGAGGCGCUGGUGGGAGCUGUAAAUGAUGAGGAGCCCAGAGUCAGAGAGAGGUGUGAGGCUGCUCUGCGAUCGGUGUCACAGAGGAAUCAGAGCUUUAGCAGCUGCAGUGAUAAAAGCAGCAGUGCUAAGACCUUCACUGACGUGCUCUCAGAGAAUCUUCACUCUUUGGCCACAUCGCUGCCCAGACUGAUGAGGACCUCUGAUGACCAGAAGAAGCUGUUUGUCCUCAAUGUGUUCCUGGGUUAUUUAAAACUGCUGGGACCACUGGUGUCUGUGGUGCUGAACUCAGCUGCACAUCUGGAGAGGAUUUCCAAAGCAUUAAUGCAGGUACUGGACCUGGAUGUGAUGGAUGUUCGCAUUGUGGAGGAACGGAGUUACGCUCCAACCAUAGAAACAACCUCAGGCUCCCAUAAUUCACACACGGCUCACUUACAGAGAAAGCAUUUUCUCUACUUCACAGACGAGAGGAUCUUCUCUGUUCUCAUGGAGAUCUGCAGAGCUCUCGGUUAUUAUGGAAACCUUUACCUGCUGACAGAUCACUUCCUGGAUCUGUACCUGCAGUCUUCGUUGUACAGAAAGCAGGCGGCCAUGGUGCUCAAUGAGAUUGUCAGGGGCGCUGCAGGCAUUGACAUGGUUAAAGAGGGUCAGAGAUUGGAGACUCACGUUCAGGGACAGACAGCAAAUCAGGAAGACGUCAAAGCUGCGGUGGAGUCAGUAAUGGAGGAAUACAUAAGUCUGAAGAACUGGCAUUUGAUAACUGUGAAUGAGGAGACGGAUAGAGACAAACAGGACCAGCAGCUCCUCAGCCCAUCCAGACUCCUCUCCAUAUCUAACAGUGAAGUCAGCAACAACUCAAACAAUCUUCAAGUGAUUUCUGCUUCACUAAACCCUCCUACAUCCACCUCCACAAUCCACCAGCUCAACAGUAACAUCUGGCAGCUCUGCAUCCAGCUGGAGGGCAUUGCCUGCUUUGCUCAGGCUCUGGGGCAUGACUUUCGACCCUUCUUGAUGACAUCAUUGUACCCCGUUCUGGAGAAAGCUGGAGAGGAGACACUGCUGGUCAGCCAGACAGCGCUGGGAUCAAUGUGGGACAUCAGUCGAGCGUGUGGAUACUCCUCCCUGAAGGAGCUAAUCAAUGAGAACUCAGACUACCUGCUCAAUGACAUUUCACUCAACCUGCAGCGGCUCAGCCAGCAUCCACAGGCUCCACGGGUGUUGACAGUGAUGUUAACGCACUCUGACUGCAGCCUGCUGCCUCUGGUCGGAGACAUCGUUCAGGAUGUGCUGAUGGCUCUGGAUCUCAGCUACGAUCACACAUCUGCUCUCUUCUGCUCCGUGCUGCACGCGCUUAUGAAGGCACUGGCAAGAUGGUUCCCCUCCAGUCAUGGUCGGACGAGGGUAUCCACCAGAACCAAGAGGUCUUCUGAUCAUGAAGAGGUCUUUGACAUCCGUCAGUUCAUGCUGGAUUACAACAAACAGAAAGAGUUGGCAGAGGGAAUUGGAGUAGAGGAGGAUGCAACCAUUGAAGAUCUAGAAGUCCCUCCCCCCAUGGAGUGUGAGGAUGCUGAGGAUGCUUUUGGUCCUGAUGUGAAACAGGAGCUCCCUCCUCACCUCAGCAUCACUAAAGACGUUAUGGAGCGCUGCGUUCAUCUGCUGUCAGACCCCAGCCUCAGGGUCCGACUCAAGGUACUGGACGUGCUAGAGCUUUGUGUGGUUGUGCUGAGUGAGAAGGAGAAUGAACUGCUGCCUAUGGCUCAUCGCUGCUGGCCGCCCCUCCUGCAGAGACUCACAGCUGAUGACCCUUUAGCAGUCCUCAGAGCAUUUAGAGUGCUGUGUACUCUAGGUGAGAUGUGCGGUGACUUCCUGAGGAGGAGGGUUUCUAAAGAGGUUCUGCCCAAGCUCAGCUCCUCGUUGACCCGGCAGGCUCCGAUUAGCGCCAAAGCCGGACCCGUUUACACUCAUACUCUGGCCUACAAACUACAACUGGCUGUGCUUGAGGGGCUGGGCUCUCUGUGCCACAGGCUGGACCUGGGUGAAGCUGACCUGGAUGCUGUGUGUGAAGCCUGCCUGCCCUACCUGAGCUGUAGACAACCAAUCAGACUGCAAGAAGCCAGUAUAAGCGUUUUCCGCCAUUUAAUCCAGGUGGAUCCGGAUGCUUUCUGGUUUACUCUGAAUGAGCUGCACUGCCCGUCCUCCUACACCCCGCCCCACCCCGACCUCCAGCCGGUGCAGCUGAGCGGGAUGGGUCGGCCAAGAGAUGAGUACUCGGAUAACGUACUGAAGCUGCUGCGGGAGGAGCUUGGCCCCGGCUGCUGAGACGGUCAAGCAGCCAGGCAGCUAAUGAGCCGAUGAUUGAUGUGACUGACUGAUCCCUCAAACGGACGGCUCACCACUGACUCCAGCAAGUCAAUUAACUGAAGGGAAAUCUGACAAUUGUGCCAAACAGUAGCCAUCAGAUACAGUGUGUGAUAACCUUCAUGGUGUAAACAGCUCUGAUAAGCAGAGAGGUACAAAGGGAAAAUGUCAAUGAAGCAUGUCUCCUGCUGUUCCCUCUCCUGCUGCAGGUGCCUGAACCAGGAAGGCUUCAGACAGCUCUUUACAUCAGCAGACAUGCAGUGACAGCGCUGAUGGGUUUUAUUUCUGCAGAAGACUCAGACAUGCCUCUUUCAUUCAGUGUUUACUUUCCUGUUGAUCUUCAUGUUAUUUUUUUAUUUUCUUAUUAAACAAGUUAAAGUCAGGACUGACUUCAGAGCAGAUCUGAACAUAUGGUACCUGUUAAUCUGGCUCUUCGCCCUAAUGAAGAGAUUUCUCAUUACCCUUGAACACUCAUUAAAAUAAACACAAACUUCUUUAUCUUUCA